CAGGCCCCGCCCCCCCCGGUGAUGUCACCGUGUCAGUGGAGAGCAGAAGGAAGAGCAGCCUGGCUGGGUCCACUUCCUGCUGAAGCAGUCAGAGUGCAGCUCACCCUGUGCCAGUAUGGAGCUGGAUGGCAUCCUAGAGCAGCUGGAGAGCGGGGAGCAGGAGCUGGUGCAGAAGGCUCUGACCCAGUAUAACAAGGAGAAUUCCCAGUGUUUCUUCUUCAAUGCAGAGCAAAGAGAGCAACGUAAGCGCCAGGAACUGGAAGAGUUUAGGCAAAAGAAAUUCCGAGACUUUGUCCCCAAGUCAGACUCGGACUAUGACUCCGAUUUCUCUGAUGAUCCAGAGGUUAAACUACGACAGAAACUUGGAGAGUUGGUCAUCAAGUUCCUGGAACGGGAUCUUCAGCCAUCUUGUCAAGUUGUCUGUCUGGAAACUAUCCGAAUUCUUUCACGAGACAAGUAUGGAUUGUCUCCCUUCACCAGCCGCUCGGCAAUGCAGAUCCUGGCCCAGUACGCAGGGUUGGACUACUCGGAUGAGACAGAGGUGCCUCGUAUGCCGGACAGUGAAAGUGUUGUGGAAGCUUUGAAGGCACUGUGUAACAUUGUCUAUAAUAGCAUUGAGGCUCAGGAAGUGGCCAAGGAGCUGCGGCUGGUGUGUGGCCUAGCUCGCCGUCUCAAGCUCUACAACGAGACCAGGUUGUCUCAUGAAAGCAAGUUUUUUGAUCUACGCCUUCUUUUCCUCCUCACGGCACUAAGGGUAGACGUCAGAAGACAGCUGGCCCGGGAGUUGAGGGGUGUUAGUCUCCUCACUGAUGCUCUAGAAAGCACCCUUGCCCUGAAGUGGUCUGACAUCUAUGAGGUAGUUACAGAUCAUCUUGCUUCACCACUUGGCAAAGAGGAGACCGAGAGGGUGAUGGAAAUCCUGAAGACCCUCUUCAACGUCACCUUUGAUAUCAGCCGCAGGGAAGUUGAUGAGGAAGAUGCAGCGCUGUAUCGCCAUCUAGCGGCCAUACUUAGGCAUUGCUUACUCAGACAAAGUGAUGGUGAAGACAGAACAGAAGAAUUCCAUGGGCACACGGUAAACCUGCUGGUGAACCUGCCCCUCAUGUGUCUUGACGUUCUGCUGACACCUAAAGUCGAGCAUGGUUCUGUGGAGUACAUGGGAAUGAACAUGGACACAGUGGAGGUCCUGAUACAGUUCCUGGACAGGAGGUUGGACCGGGGUCAUAAAUUACGUGAGACUCUGACUCCAGUCUUGAACCUCCUGACUGAAAGUUCACGGGUCCAUCGUGAGACGCGGAAGUUCCUCCGAGCAAAAGUUUUACCUCCUUUGAGGGAUGUAAAGAACCGUCCAGAAGUGGGGAACACACUACGCAACAAGUUGGUCCGUCUGAUGACACACGUAGACACGGAUGUAAAGCACUGUGCUGCCGAAUUCCUUUUUGUUCUGUGUAAGGAAAAUGUGUCUAGAUUUGUGAAAUACACAGGAUAUGGGAAUGCCGCUGGCUUGCUUGCUGCCAGAGGGCUGCUGGCAGGUGGACGUGGAGAAGGUCGAUACUCUGAAGAUGAAGACACAGAUACAGAAGAGUACAGAGAAGCUAAAGCUAACAUUAAUCCAGUGACGGGACGGGUGGAGGAGAAGCAGCCCAAUCCCAUGGAUGGCAUGACGGAGGAGCAGAAGGAGUAUGAGGCCAUGAAAUUGGUCAGCAUGUUUGAUAAGUUAUCAAGCAGGGAACAGAUCAUCCAACCAAUGGGAGUAACGUCUGAUGGGAGGCUGGAAGCUCUAGAUGAGUCUGCUCAGAGGAUGCUACAGCAACAGGAGUCGUCUGACCUGGAGACUGACUCAGACUAAACGACCUAAGCUGGAGGGGAGCACGGUCCAGAAUCCGAGCCAAGCAGAGGUCCCAUCGGAGCAAGAACAGUUAUCCAGACACCAUAAACCACGAGGGAUAUUAAACCUAGCUUACUGUAGAUGUAUCUCUGAGUCCUCUGCUGAUCACUGGGACACUUGUAGUGUAACACGUUUCUUCUAGAGACUUCGGCUGCUUAGGACAAAGAUGUGAAGUUCCAGCUGCCGGAAGGCUCAGACUUGGAGUCCUAGGUGCUCUCCUUGGGGUGUCUCUUUUCAGAUUGAAGGUGGUCCUACAAUCUGCAAAAGUCCAAGGAAGCAAGAACAAAGCACACUCUAGCCACUGGAGGGCGCUAUUACAGCACACAGAGCUUCCUUUGUACACGGUCUCCAAAGGAUGGGGUGAAUUUUGCCUGUAGGGUUUAUCUGCUUACUGUGCAGGUUGAACGUUUUGGUUUGCAGUACAGAUUUUUAGACUGCACCAUAAUAGGGCAUUAUUUUCAAUCUUUUUAAAGCAGUUGUGUUUCCGUUCUUUACUACCGUGCCCCAAACUUGACCUCCAGUUCCACUUACAGCUAUAGAUGAGUAAAUG